UCCCGCUUGUCUCCGGGCGUGCUACCGGGCAGCCGUGAGCUUACCGGUGGAAUUCCUCCAUUAGUGAACAUUUUUUGCUCCCUCUGAGUCAGUCAUGGGCUUUUUCGGGGGACCGGGAUCAGCCACUGCGGCUUUGCUUCUGGCGGUGGUGUUGUGCGGGCUGUGUUGCAGCCGAUGCUGGGCACGCUCGGACGCUCCUCGCGGGGUGGUCCUGGGCUUCGUUUUUGACCCGAAGGCAACAUGCGAGCCGCCGUGCCAGCACGCGGGAGUAUGCAUCCGCAACGACACUUGCCUGUGCAGCCGUGGCUACGAGGGGGACAACUGCCAGUAUGUCAACUGCUAUCCUAAAUGUAAAAACGGAGGUGUGUGUCUUCGUCCCGGGAAAUGCAGAUGUCCUGCAGGCUUUGGAGGGAGAUAUUGUCACAAAGUGACAUGUGAUGAUGGCUGCUGGAACGGAGGCGAAUGCAACGCUGUCAACGGAGUAGCCAAGUGCAUCUGUCCCUCCAGCUGGACGGGCUCCAAAUGCCAAGAGGCCAUUUGCCCGCAAGGCUGCAGAAACGGCGGCCUCUGCAUGGCCCCUGGAAUCUGCAGCUGUCCCGAAGGCUGGCUGGGAGGUGCCUGCCACAUCGCCGAGUGCGCUCAGCCGUGCCUGAAUGGAGGAAAAUGCAUUUCCCCCAACAAAUGUCGCUGCCGUCCCCCCUUCUUGGGCCCUCGCUGCGAGGAGAGGAAGAGGCGCUUCUAGGGCCCGAGAGGCCACUUUACUUUGUUCUCAUUUAUUCUCAUUAUUAUUGUACAAACACUGCUUGCUUUGUGUUUCUGUUUAUGAACUGUAUUUUGUGUCAUUAAAUGAAGUGAACUCU